AUGUUGAAAUAUUUUACGAAUGAGUAUUAUUCUUACUUAUCGAGCGGCAAGAAGAAAUCUUUCAUGGUUGAGAAGGACAUUAAAACGAGGACUACGUUCUUCAAUAGAGAAGACCUGAAAAAUGUAUUUGUGUUAGACCCCCAAGACACAACGGCAGGAUUGUGUCUGUUAAACAUUUCGUUAUUUCUUCUAGGGGGAUUAUCAAAACAUAAAGUAAAAGGAGAUCUAGCAACAAAUUUACAAGGAGGUCUUUUUAUUAUAAGUUUAAUAAUUUUUUCAAUACAAAAAGCAUUUGAGCGAUAUAUCCUGUCCGAUAUUUUAUUUGUUGUACUUUUGUUCAUAUCUUGUAUGUUACCAUUUUUAUUGUUAGAAUUAAAUGGAUGUUUUAAUAAUAUUGUCUUUUUUCCCAUAUGUGUAAUGUUCUACUUCACUAGAUAUCACCUACGAAAUUUAUUCAUUUUAGACUCUUUUUUAAUUCUUACCAUUCUUAUAAUAAAUGUUUCGAUAAAUUCAAGUACUAUAGAUAUUUACAUUUUUUUAUUUUUAUUAAUUGCCUUUAGUCUCAGUAUCCUAUUUUACAGAUAUUUGUAUUAUUUUUCAAAAGUUAUAUAUAACUCUUCAACAAGCCAAAAAAGUAUGAUUCUAAUGUUCCCUUAUAUAACUGAAUAUCAAGAAAUUUGUUUCUUAAAGCUAGCUGAUAUUUUACUAGACUUAAACAAUUACAUGUAUAUAAAAUGGAAUAUUUUUUGUGAAAAUAUUCCAAAAGUUCAUUUAAGAAAUGAAAAAGAAACUCAAAAUUUGAGAAUGAUUUCUAGCAGAUUAUCAAAUAAAUUCUACACACUAAAGAACCAAAAAAUGUUCUCUAUAUACCCACCAUAUUAUUGUCUCAAAGUGUUGUAUCAUAAAAAAUUAUACUUAAUCACUUCUGCUAUUGAAAAAAAGAAAAAGGAAUUUAUGAAAUUAUAUUCUAAUGAAAAUAAAAGAAAUAUUCAUUUUCUAAUCGAAAUUAUCAACUUGCAAAGAAAGUCACUCGACUCUGACUCUCAUCCAGAUCUAGCUCAUCAUCCUAAAUCAAUAAAACGAGAUGAAAAAAGCAAAGAAAAAAAAAAAAUACACACGUAUCAAAAAAAAGGGAUCAACUAUAAAGAAUUUUCUUCUUUUCAAAACAUUACACGGGAUAAGCUAAAUCAAAAUGAUAAUAUUAAAAACGGUACAACUUGCACAAAGGGUUCAGACAUGGGAAGGAAAAAGAAAAAAAAAAAAAAAAAAAAAACAGAGAACAUCCCACAAUCGUAUGAACAAAUGGGAAUUUCCAAACAACAUAAUCAGGAUGUCAGUGCUGUUCACCGCCUAACUCAUGGCCAUAAAAAUAAUAUUCAUAAAAGUGAAAAAAAAAAAGUGGAAGAACGAAAAUGUCUAAACGAAGCCAAUGAAUCAGUGAAAAUGUCGCAAAGGGGAAGAAGAGAAAAGAAAAAAAUUAUAAAAACAUAUCAUAGACAAAAUAAUUUUGUAGAGGGCCAUUUAAAAAAAAAAGCUGAUAGUGAUGAUGAAAAAAAGAAGCAGAUGGGGAAAAGCCAAAGCAACGUUGACAACGAUUUUAUGAAUAAAAAUUCUAAAACAAAUAAGAUAAAUGUUGAAAAUUUAAUGGGUCCUUCGGAGAGAAAUGUGCGCACUGAUAUAGAUAACCUACAAAUGGACACUUCCAUUGGUGGAAUAUUUAGCAAUAUCAUUGCCAAAAAGGAAGCAAAAAAUAUCACUCCUUAUAGGGAAAAAAUAAAAAAGAGAAAAGAAAAAAAAAAAAAAAUUACUCAGAAAAAUGUUAAAGCAUGUGAACAAAUGUUUGAAUCCAAAUAUGAAGCAGAUAGACAGAAUGGACAUGUUCAAGGAAGCGUAAUCUUGCAAUGUGACAACAUGAAAGUUUUUAAAAAUAAAAAGGAUAAGAAAAAGACCAUAGAUAAUAUCACACAAAUGGUGAACAAACAUAAGGUCCACACUAAAAAUGAUAUGGAAGCAAAAAAUGUAAAGAAAAAAUUCAUAAAGAAAAAGGAACAUGGUUUCGAAUUUUUCUUUGCAAAAAAAAAUGUAAGAAUGGAACAUAAAAUAUGUGAUAAGGACAUCACAAAGGAGGUAAAAGAAAAUGUGAACUGUAAUGAGAGGAAUGAUGACCCUAGUUGUCCUUCCUUCACUGCUAGCGCAAAACAUAGACUUAAUGUACAACUUGGCGCAAAAUUCCGCUCCCACUUAAACGAUAAAAAAGUGUAUCGUCCAAACAAUCAAAAUAAUUAUAUGAACAUGUACAUGAGCAAACAAAACGGGAAAAACGAACGAAACGAGCAAAGCAAAAGUUACAGUGACCAAAGUGCAAAUUACUCAAGCAAACCAAUGCCAAAAAAAAUGGACUACUCAGAAGAAAAUUUUUCUUCAUCAUCUCUCAAAUAUUAUCAUGAUAACGAAUUAGCACCUGAAGAAAAAAUAGUUUUUAUAAAUUUUUCCUGCUUGUUUUAUGUGUGCAUAUAUAAAAUUAAAUUGCUCUUAAAAUAUAUAGAAAAUGUCAACUCAGUUGUUCAGGGCAAUUAUUUCAGACAGGGAAUAUCACCAAAACAAGACCAUCUUUUAGCUUUUGUCGACCAAAAAAUUGAACGAUACUAUAUACUUUGGUCUAAUUCUGUUGAUUUUGUGUACCACGUGGAAAAUUACAUUUCACAUAUUAUCUUAAUUUUUAUUUUCCACCUUUCCUCCGUUUUCGUGAGAAUCGCUCCUAUACAACUUAGCGCAUCCUAUUCCUUAUUCAAAAUGGCUAGCUUCUCAACAAUUUUUAUGACCAGAUUUCUACUCACGCCACCAAUUUUUGCUCUCAUUAUUUGGCCGAUAAUAAAGACCAGAUCAUUAAAUCCGAGAACUAUUUUCAAAAUUAAAAUGCGUUUUUCCCUUUUGUCCCUUUUUAUUUUGGUCUUGUCUAUAUUUGAUUACCUUUGGACGAUAUUUCUAGUUUACAAGAAUUUUUGGAGAUUAGAUAAAAAUGUUCUGAUGAAUCUAGAAAGGACAUACAAUUGCAGCAUGUUUUCCCUAUCUGGGCUAUUUUUUUUUGUUCCAAUUUUCUACUUUCUAAUUAUGCAACGCUUAAAAUCUAUGUGGUAUAUGUACAUCAUUUGGUUAUCCAUAAUAAAUGUUAUAUACUGGAGUUUCAUGGAUGCCUGGCUCUCUGGUUUAAAAAUGAAUAUUUCCCUCAUGACUUUAAUUGUAAUGUGUAUUGUAUUUAUUAUAAGACCCUUCGAAAUGGUAAAACGGGAUAUAUUUUGCAGGUGUGUUUUACCGUACAUUUUAUUUCUGGAUGAUGUUUUAUGCACGAUCGAUUCUGAGAAAAGGCUUAAAUAUUUGUACUUCCAGAAAGUAGGUGUUCAAGCCAGAUCAAAUAAUUUUGAUACUUUUCACGGAUAG